AUGCGAUCGUUUAACGUCCAAAGAUACGGAGCCAGAGGUGAUGGGAGAACAGACUCCACGAAACCAUUUUUGACGGCCUGGUCAUUAGCCUGCGGCUCACGGGCUCGAGCCAUGGUCUACAUUCCCCGUGGAACAUACUUGGUUAGAAACCUUGCUUUUUGGGGUCCUUGCAAGAACAUUAUAAUUUUCAAAAUUGAUGGAAAACUCGUGGCUCCUAAAGAUAACUGGAGUAUAGGUAAUUCCGGUUAUUGGAUCCUAUUCGCUAAGGUAAACCGGAUCUUGGUUUACGGUGGAACCAUUGAUGCUAGAGGAGCUAGUCACUGGUCUUGUAGAAAGAAAGGUGGGCAUUGUCCUCAAGGUGCAAGGUCUAUGGGUCUGACUGGUUUAACCGCUGCGGUUGCGGUUGCGGGAGUUUGCGGCUGCGGGAGUUUGCGGAAGCGGGAGUUUGCGAUUAAAAGCUGUUUGUACGACUGGAUUCAAAACAUAAGAAUUAGGGCUCCAAGUGGAAGCCCUAAUACCGACGGUAUACUAGUCCAGUCUUCUUCUGGUGUUACCAUUAGUGGUGGAAUCAUUGCCACCGGUGAUGACUGCAUUGCUCUUAAUCAGGGAUCAAGGAACAUUUGGAUCGAGCGUGUCAAGUGUGGACCCGGACAUGGAAUCAGCAUUGGGAGUCUUGGGGAAUACGCUAACGAGGAAGGUGUGGACAAUGUAACCGUCACAAGCUCUGUUUUCACAAAGACGCAAAAUGGAGUAAGAAUAAAGACUUGGGCUAGGCCGAGCGGAGGGUAUGUGAGGAAUGUGGAAUUUCGAAACCUGAUAAUGAGGAAUGUUAAUAAUCCGGUGAUCAUCGAUCAAAACUAUUGCCCUAAUGGAAGUGGUUGUCCUCGUCAGAGCUCUGGUGUGAAGAUAAGUGGAGUGACUUUUGCUAACAUAAAAGGGACAUCAACAACUCCUAUAGGAAUGAAACUGGAUUGUAGUGGAAGCAAUCAUUGCACAGGAAUUAGGUUACACAACAUCAAACUCACUUACAUGAGAAGGUCAUCAUCUUCUUAUUGCAGGAAUGCUCAUGGACGAGCCUCUGGAGUUAUGGUUCCAAACAACUGUAUGUGA